CGACUCGGCGAAUUUUUGCUCUACUCUACUGACUGUGAUGGUAUGCCGGCAGCAGAAAUCAGUACAAUAUACACGUACGUAGAAUUGUACAUGAUUUCCUACUGUUGCAUUUUUUGUUGCAUUAUGGUCGAAUACCCCCACGGUAAAUCCAAAAACAUUUCUUCUCYGUUUUUCCGUCCGUUGACUUGCAGAAAGAUACCGGAACGUGAAAGCAAUAUUUUUGUGUUGACACUGAAAUUGUUCGUGAUUCUGAAGAUCAACAAGCAAUAGUAUUUUUUAAUCGUACAAUCCAUGACAUGAGGAAUCCACCCAACAGCUCAACCCCUUUGCUUCAUAGCAUUGACGAGGGAACGCCGAGCAUGGAUAGCGACAGAGAUCCCCGAGAGGAGAUAUGUCAAAGUCAACCAAAAGGCGAAAGUGACUCCUCUUCCUCGCCUGGAUUGGGAGAUGCUUACGAGACCUGGUCUGAUUCCUCCGAUGUGAUUCAUCAAGCAUUUUUUCACACAAUUGUUUACAUGUCACUUGGUGUUGUUGGGUAUUCAUUUCUCCUCGAUACUCAGUGGUCGAUAAUCGACUCGUUGUACUUUUCUGUGGUUAUUUUUACCACUGUAGGAUAUGGAGAUUUAUGCCCCAAUUCGAGUGCUGCUGGAAUGAUUUUCACCUUAUUCUUUGCACUCUAUGGCAUUGUAAUUCUUGGCAUAUUUUUGGGGAUAUUGGGCGAGAUGGCUGUAGAGAGGCAACAAAAACUUAAAAACGAGGUUCUGGAGCACACGAGGAAAUCAUACAURACAUCAAUCAUCAGCAAUUCAGUGCGUCCCAGUUUGCGUCAAUCAUUUUCAUCGAUUAUACCGGUAGGGGAGAUCGAAGAAGAGAAAAUUGAGCAUGGUUGCUCCUUUCUUGCUGAUGUUUUUAACAUUGCGAGGGAACAAACGCCGAAUAUUAUUACCUUGGCUGUUCUUGGUUCCCCAAUAAUGAUGUUGGAGAAUUGGAGUAUUAUCAGAUCAGUGUAUUGGUUGGUCGUUACUGGCACUACUAUUGGUCUAGGAGAUGAGCAUCCCGAAAGUGAUUGGAGCAAGGUCAUGUGCAUCUUCUAUAUACCCGCUGUUGUUGCAUUUGCCGGUACAAUGUUGGGUAGAAUAGCCACUUUUUACGUUGACCAAAGAAACGAUAAAAUGGAAGCAGAAUUUUUCGCACGGGCUUUAUCCGUCAGUGACAUAAAAAAGAUGGACUUGGACGGUGACUCUGAAGUUACAAAGUACGAGUUCCUUGUGUUCAUGUUGACAACUCUGCAAAAGGUCGAACAGUCUGACAUCGACGAGAUCUUUGACUUGUUCCACCACCUCGACAAAACUAACAAUGGCAUACUUACCGCGGAUGAUAUCGCGUAUAUCUCUGAUCGAACUUCUGUGUUACAGCGCGAAAGUGAUGCUUCCCUUAUAAAAAAGAAUUUAGCGAAGUUUCAGUAUCCUGACAUAGGGGAAUCCUUGCGUUCCACAGUUGGUUUCGGGCAAUCUACGCGAUCCAAAACUGAUGUGGGGCAAUCCUUGCGUUCCACCAGCUAAGUAAAGUGUCAAAUGAUCUAUGCCAAAGAAGAUUGAAUUAUGAAUCAUUUGUGUCUUUUCUUAUUAACAGUAUCAACGUGUACUCCGUGUCUUAUGAUCUACCACAAUWUUAUUAGGCCGAAUUGGAGACAAUCACUUCUGAGCAGUAAUUUUGGAAGCUUGUUCGAAUUUAGGAACAACRCUCAGUUGCCAUUUCCGAAUAACUUUUCAAAAUGCGUGUUAAAAUUAAUAUAAUAGUAGUAGUCUAUGAAGGCAGGGGGUGGAUUGGAUAAAAUAUUUUGCAUGAU